AUGCAGCGCAGCUGUCCUCCAGAUACUCGUGGCGACCUGUUGCGUCGCAUUAUCGAUGUUGCUCGUCGACUCGAACAUCGAACAUCGUCCCAUCCUGUGAUUCACAACACUCCUAUCCGCCCACCCGCUCCCCCGCCUGUAUGUCUACCGCGCCCGUCGUCUAUACUAGGAAAACUUCAGGACAUCGGAUUACCACCCAGCUUGGCCGAAACUGUAUCCAAUGCAUACUUACGUCGCGCCGAGGAAUGGCGACACCAGGUGGAAAGGGGCAUCACUCGGGUUUGCUCGGAACUGGCCCUGAAGGCCGCUAAUUCCAUCACUGAUGAUAUUAUAAUACGACGAACGGUCCAGCUUCAUGAACGUUCAUAUCAUGCGAGGCUGGAUGAAUGGGUAUCACAAGUCUUACAUCGGGUGAAGACGCGGAUUACCCCGCAGCAAAACCAGACCCAUGAAGUUGCUGCCUCCAAAACUCGGCACGCCUUCAAUUCAGAAUACGUGCCGAUUCUCGAGUUCAUGUACGAGGAAAACCCGUUUCCGCCGCAUGCUGAUAAAGUCUUCCUGGCCAAGAAGUGCGGGAUGACAUACAAACAAAUCCACGUUUGGUUCCAGAAUCGACGAAAUCGGUCGAAAAAAGAAGGUCGGGCGCCGAAAUGUGAAUAUCAUGCUGGCGAUGCUUUCGCGUUCGAAGCUCUCAUGAGCCGUCUUGGAGAGCGCGCUGUCCCUGCGGAUCAGCGAGCUAAGCCCGUGGAUUCAGAUGCGUCCGAGUAUGAGUGGUUGUCGGACCCCAGCGACAACGAGGUUCGUGUUAUACCGAUUUACCCUGGUUGUAUACUAAACGAGCGCAACGUACGGAAUAGUCUACCUCGCAGGAAACGUCUACGCCUCGUCCCGAUGUCUUAG